GGCUUCACUUGCUGGAUUUAAACCUACGAAGAACUAUGUGAGAAAACCAAAUAUAAUCUCUAUAAAAGGAUAUAAGAACUAAAUACAUUCACAAUAAAGGAUAUAAAGCAACAAUUUAGACCUUAAAUUGUGGAAUUGGAUUUUUGUUAAAAAAAACAUUAAAGUUUGUGACUGAGCUGUUUUUUGCCUUGGUCAAAGAAGCUACGUUCUCCUGCAAAAUCGCAAGAAACAAACAACUGACUUUGCAAAACAAAAUGAUGGAAACUGCUAAAUGAAUUGUGAUCAUUUCACGUGGCAUCUGUUUAGUUAAACGAAGACAAUAAGUCCACAACAUAAAGAUGCUCACCUGCGUGUGAUACAACUGAAGCAAAAACGUAGACCCAUCAGACGUUUAAAACGAAACGGUAAAAGGGGGGAAAGUUUUAAGCGUGAUGGAGGAUAUUCUCUUUAAGGAUCAGGAUUUGUGGUCCGUGAAUGCGUCUUUGGAGAACUCGAGCCUCGCUAACGCCACUAGAGAGGCAAACGGCACCGUGAACCCGGUGUUGCGGAACGAAGAAGUAGCCAAAGUCGAAGUAACAGUGCUAGCCCUCAUCCUGCUACUUGCAUUGACCGGUAACCUGUGUGUCCUCCUGGCUAUAUACACGACUAAAAACAACCAGUCUCGGAUGUACUUUUUCAUGAAGCACCUCAGUAUUGCAGACCUGGUCGUGGCAAUCUUUCAAGUAUUGCCGCAGCUCAUCUGGGACAUCACCUUUCGCUUUUAUGGGCCCGAUUUUCUCUGCAGAUUAGUAAAGUACCUGCAGGUUGUGGGAAUGUUCGCUUCAACGUAUAUGCUUGUUCUGAUGUCCAUAGACAGAUGUUUGGCGAUAUGCCAGCCUCUGCGGUCCUUACACAGAAGAGCCGAUCGGUUCUACAUCAUUACAUCGUGGGUCCUCAGUCUUUUGUUUAGCAUUCCACAAGUGUACAUAUUCUCUUUGAGGGAGAUACCGGCAGGUUCUGGAGUUUAUGACUGCUGGGGGGAUUUUAUUCAGCCUUGGGGCGCCAAAGCUUAUGUGACAUGGAUCAGCCUCACAAUCUAUAUAAUACCAGUGGCCAUACUAAGUGUCUGCUACGGACUGAUCAGUUUUAAAAUAUGGCAAAACUUCAAACUGAAAACUCGGAAGGACCAAAGUAUACCUUUAACGCCGAAAGCUUUCAAAGGGUCUGCACUCUCCCGAGUGAGCAGCGUAAAGCUGAUCUCCAAAGCCAAAAUCAGAACGGUGAAAAUGACUUUUGUCAUCGUUUUGGCUUACAUCGUUUGCUGGACCCCUUUUUUCUUUGUGCAGAUGUGGUCGGCGUGGGACCCGGCAGCUCCCAGAGAAGAGCUAGCCUUCAUCAUUGCCAUGUUGCUGGCCAGCUUGAACAGCUGCUGCAAUCCCUGGAUUUACAUGUUUUUUGCGGGACAUCUGUUCCACGACCUGAUGCAGCACUUCCUGUGCUGCUCCGCGAGCUACCUGAAAGCCACGCAGUGCUCCUGCGAGCUGGACUCCAGCCGCAAAAGCAACUCCUCCACCUACAUCAUCAAGAACAGUAGCAGCCAGAAGAGUAUCACUCAGACUUCCUCCACAUGAGCUCGGUGCGCCACGUCUUCGGACUUUCACACAACGAUUGCACUAUGUUUUUUAUAUCAUAUCCGCCAAUUGAAACUAUUAUAAGAAAGACCUAUUUACAGAAGCCCUUCUAAUUUAGAAAAGGGUUUCCAGUAUAUUGUAUUUUUUUCCAAACAGAAGAAAAAACUAAAAGAUUAAAAAACGAAGUGGUUUAAAGUUUAUUUGUAAAUAGCCUUUAUUUAUAGAAUUCAACUUUGCAAAAAAGAGACACAGGACUCGUUGUGAAAAGGAGUUUCUGAUGAAUUUAAACAGAGAAAUACAGCUAAAAUGGGCAUACAGAUCCAUCUGCAGCCUCAAUGGACUUUGCUCUCACUGCCUUGCUUCUGAUAAGUUUAAAGUCAGUUUAUGGAUUAAUAUGCUUUGCAUUUGCCUAAUAAAAGUGACUGAUACAGAUGUAACAUCCGAAAAUGGUGAUGCCUACUGUGCACAUUUGUUUCGCAGUUCUUAGGAUGCUGGUAAUAUUGGUACUAGCCAAAAGGAAGCCAAGUCAUGCACAGAAACAAUCAAUAUUCUUAAUUUAAAAAGAGAUUAAGUUUUUGUUUAUUGUUAUUUUUUAUUUCUAUAUACAUAUUUUGCAUAUCUUAGCAUUACUUUCCCUCCAUCAUGUUGUUUGGCAGAUGGAAAAAAUGCACUUUUUUUUUUCUUGAAAGGAACAAGUAAAUGUUAUAAUGUCAACAAGAGUCCCGAGCUUUGUAUGUUUAGUAGGCAUUCAGUGUUUGUUUUAUGAAAAUUAAGCUUUGAUGGAAGACCUGUCAAAAGGCAGGCACCAUUCAUAUCCCUGUCUUAAAUGAAGCCCCUUCUCCUUGUAUGCAUUCUCUCUGAUUCAUCCACAGUGGUGAACAUUCAGAGUGUGGCAUUCAUUAUCAGAUUCUUUCAUUUCCCCUUACUGCUGAUCUGUAAUCUGUUUCAAUAAGCACUUUACCAACAAUACUGUGAGACUGACACAGUACAGUAUGUGCCUGAUUGUCUGGAGCAAAAUACUCACCAGUGUUGUAGAAACAGAUCUGGGAAAUGUCCGGAUGAUUUCCCUGGCAAGCUCCUGUCAACCAAACAAAAAUAAGAUUGCCCAAAUAGCCUCUCAUUUGCACAAUUUUGAUGUGCUUAUGACAUGUGGAAAACUUUGAUUACUCCAUGUGUGCUUUUUAAAGUGCAUGUACAGUAACUGUUUAAGAAAAAAGCUACAUUAUAGACUAGCAGUAUGAGUCACAACAAAGCACCUCUAUCUACUCAUUUUGAUCAUACAGUAUAAUACAGUGUGAUCCAUAUAAUGGAUUCUUUUUUUACAGAAUUACCUGUGGUACAUUUCUGCACGUUUGCCCUCAUGCACUUCACUGUUUUAAAUGUAUCUAAGUAAAAUCAUCUGUCAAAACAACAUGGAGCUGAAUACUCUGAUUUUAUUAACAGUAAUGAUGGAUAUUUUUUUUCCUUUAUGCUCUUAAAAUUCCAUGCAGGAAAUAAAUGCAAAACAUUUUAAAAUGCUUACAGUAUUAAUAAUCAGACUGCAGAUAUUUCAAAUUCUGGUCUGUCAGGUUUUACAAUUAAAACUUCCAGCAUUGCAGUUUUCCAGUAUCCCAUAUUUUCUUUGUGAAUUUCAGCCAGAAAAAGAAUUGUCUUGUAUUUCAACUUAAACUGUUAUUUUAUGUAAUUAUGAUGAAUA